AUGAUGAGAGAUAUCAUGAACUCACCUGCCAUCCAAAGCUUAAUGAGCAACCCUGAGAUCAUGAGGAGUUUAAUUAUGAGUAACCCUCAGAUGCGCGAGAUAAUCGACCGGAAUCCUGAACUUGCCCAUGUUCUGAAUGAUCCUAGCAUCCUUCGGCAAACAUUAGAAGCUGCUAGGAACCCUGAGUUGAUGCGUGAGAUGAUGCGGAACACAGACAGGGCGAUGAGUAAUAUCGAAUCUUCUCCCGAGGGAUUUAACAUGCUGAGGCGCAUGUAUGAAAAUGUCCAAGAACCCUUAUUGAAUGCAACUACCACUGGUGGUGGUGGUGGUGGUACUGGGACUGCUGCUGGAACAAAUCCAUUUACAGCUCUCUUUGGGAACCAAGCCGAUGCCCAAACCAGAGAUGGGUCAGACUCAAAUGCUGCACCUGAAUCCGGGACCACUGUGCCCAAUUCAAACCCACUUCCAAAUCCAUGGAGUAAUACUGGAGGUUCUCAAACGAAUAAUGCUACGAGAACUAAUCCACCUCGCGAUGCCAGACUACCUUCAAUUGCUGGAUUGGGAGGUAUUGGUCUGGACCGUACAGGCAUAACCGAUUCUUCUGCAUUCAGUCAGUUGUUGCAAAAUCCAGAAGUGGCGCAGAUCACACAGAGCCUGCUUUCCAAUCCGCAGUAUAUGGAACAAAUCCUGGGCUUGAAUCCUCAACUCCGCAGCAUGGUUGAUCUGAAUCCUCAAUUAAGAGAAAUGAUGCAAAACCCAGAGAUUCUUCGAGAAUUGGCCACACCUGAGACGAUACAGCAAAUUUUGACCCUACAACAACAACUUUCUCAGCUUACUGGGCCGCAGUCAACACCGAAUGGAGCUCAGACUGGUCAAGGAACACAAACCAUUGGUUUGGAGAUGCUGAUGAAUAUGUUUGGUGGUCUUGGAACCGGCAGCUUUGCUGCUGCUAAUAAUCCUAAUGUACCCCCAGAAGAGCUGUAUGCAAGCCAGUUGUCUCAGCUGCAAGAAAUGGGCUUUUACGACACUCAAGAGAAUAUCAGAGCCCUCAGUGCUACUUCAGGAAAUGUUCACGCAGCGGUGGAGCGGCUUCUUGGAAGCCCGGGUCAAUAG